AUGACCAACAAUUAUCUUCUUCCUAUUUUAUAUGAGAGUCAGAGCAUAAACAUAGAAUGGGAUCAAAAUGAAAUUACUACUUCCGAAAUUAAAAAUGAAGUAAUUCGUCAAUUAAAGUUAUUUCCAAUAAAAAAAUUGCACAUUAGAUUGGAUGACAAAGAAUAUUCUGACGAAACAUCAAUUAACAUACAUUCUUUGGGUAAUAAACCUCUUAGAAUUAUUCCAGAAGUAGGUAUUUACCCAAAUAAUUUAACACCCAAAGACAUUAUCAUGCAGUACUUAAAAAUCAACAAAUUGGAGUGGGAUAACUCAGAUAACUACGAUAUAAUCUUCAAGUUUUCCGAUAAUAACAAAGUCAUUUCCGAUUUAAGUCCAAAAGAAAUUUUAUCAGGGUGUUACAUUAUUCCAAAAGUUACAAAUCAUCCAAUGGAAUUCGAUAACACGGUAUUUGAAAAUAAAAUCGCACCCGAAAUUCCCAAACAAACAGCUAAAAAAGAUAUACAAGCUAAAUUUAUUAAUUUCGAAGGCGAACCCGAAGAAAAAAUCCUCAGAAUCAAAAAGGUUAUGCAAUGGGACGAACUUUCGCAAGUAAUACAUGAUAAUUUCGAUAAAAAGCCAUUCAAAAUUUUUUACAAAUACGGAAAUAAAGUUGAAGAAAUAGAACACUGGAAAGCUUACAUACUAUCAGAGAAUGCUGAAAUAUUGUUUAUUGUAAAACAAGCGGCAAAAAAUAUUCCACAAAACUCUUCACAAAAUUCUGUUAUUACUAUUCCACAAAAUUCUUCAAGUAUAAAGCCUCAAUCUACUUCGCAACAAUCAAGUAUCCAUAAACAAACAGAAAUACCAAAUAAUACCAAUAAAAAUGGUAGUUUUAUUGAACAAUUUAAAAAGGAGUUCGGUAUGCAACAAAACCCACGUGUUUUAUUAGCAGAGUUAUAUUAUUAUAAGACAUCAGAUUUAAUGGCAGCUUUUAAUAUAUACAGGAAAUCGAUUGACUGGAAAAUUCAAUAUGUCAACAAAGAAAUUGAAAAUAUUAUUAUAGAGGCUUGUAAAAAUAUUAUGGUUAAUGACGAAGAAACAAUUAAACAAUAUAUUAAAGAUUAUCUCAAAUUGAACAAUGGAAAUUAUCCAAACAGACUGUCAGACUUUUUCGAUGUCGACCUCACAAAGAUAGAUAAUCCUCUAGAACUCAAAGAUAACGUCAAUAUAUAA